CUUUGAAAUGAGUGUUUAAUGCAAGGAGCCGCUCAGUACGGAAAACUUUAAGCCACUAGCUGCCGUGUUGGUUUGUAGCAGUUAGUGUCGCUGAGACGCCUGGAGUCAUUUUUGGCUGGAUAUGCAGCUACUCUAACAUCUAAUGAACAGCAGAGCGGUUUACAAGAUGAGUUCAACGGCAGACGAGACCGGAGGUGAAAGACCUCAAAAAACUGGAGGCAAAGACCACAAAAAGCCCACAGCGGAAGCCUUGAGAGGAGCCAUUCAGCUCGGCAUCGGGUACACAGUCGGCAACAUGACCUCCAAACCAGACAGAGAUGUUCUCAUGCAAGACUUCUACGUUGUUGAGAGCGCCUUUCUCCCGAGUGAAGGCAGUAAUCUGACUCCAGCUCACCAUUAUCCUGACUUUCGCUUUAAAAAUUAUGCUCCCUUGGCUUUCCGUUACUUUAGGGAGCUCUUUGGGAUUAAACCCGACGAUUAUUUGUACUCUAUUUGUAAAGAACCUCUGAUAGAGCUGUCAAACCCCGGAGCGAGUAGUUCAUGGUUUUACUUAACCAGUGAUGAUGAGUUUAUCAUAAAGACCGUGCAGAACAAAGAAGCUGAAUUUCUGCAGAAGCUGCUUCCAGGUUACUACAUGAAUCUGAAUCAGAACCCGAGGACCCUCUUACCGAAGUUUUACGGGCUGUACUGUAUUCAGUGUGGUGGUGUUAAUAUCCGAUUGGUGGUGAUGAACAACAUUCUGCCUCGCUCUUUGAAAAUGCACUACAAAUAUGACUUAAAGGGCUCUACUUACAAACGCAGAGCGUCACGGAAGGAGUGCACCAAACCCUCCCCGACCUUUAAAGACCUGGACUUCCAGGAGAUGCACGAAGGUCUUUACUUUGAUGCAGACACAUACAGCGCCUUAAUGAAGACUCUUCAGAGAGACUGUCGGGUGCUGGAAAGCUUUAAAAUCAUGGACUACAGUUUGCUGCUGGGCAUCCAUGUUCUGGACAGGAAGCUGAGGGGGAGAGGCGGGAUAGGGGACAGUAAGCGCCAGGGUGGGCAGAAGGUCCUGUACUCCACAGCCCGCGAGUCCAUUCAAGGAGACGGCAAAGCAGGCGAGCCUCCUCCUGACGCCGAUGACGACACAUUGGGUGGCAUCCCUGCUAAACACAAAGAUGAAAAGUUGCUGAUCUUUCUGGGAAUCAUUGAUAUCCUGCAGUCCUAUAGAUUUAUAAAGAAGGUUGAGCACUCAUGGAAGGCUCUUGUGCAUGAUGGCGACACAGUAUCUGUCCAUAGACCGAAUUUCUAUGCUGACAGAUUCCUGAAGUUCAUGGGCACCACAGUAUUUAAAAAGAUUCAGCCUCUUCGUGGUGCAUCCUCGAGAAGGAAGAAGAACUCUAUACAGCCGUGUAGGUCGGCCUCACAGGAAGUUCUGUCGACUUUAAACGAAGAGAGUCAAGAAGAAAGGAGGGCACAAAGCCUCGAAAACUUCGAUGAUACAGAAACACGCUCCUCUCAGAAACCUGAUGUAAUUCCCAGCUCCACCAGACUCAACCCAGCGAUUUCAGCCGCCACUAUGUCUUCUGCUUCCUCUCUAGAUGAUGUGAAGACUGAACCGCAAACAGAUUCAGAGAACAGAGAUGAUUAUAGGACGUCCAGCUCGACUCUUGCAUUAGAGGACAGCACUCUUCCUGCUUCAAACUCACAGGCGAGCACACCCGAGUCCGGUCUGGACGUCUACUUGUGAUGCAUGAGGCCUUCUGAAGUGGACCAGAUCAUCCAAACAUCUACAAGACAUGCUGUCAACAUUUUGCACAACGGAUAUCUCUAGCUGCUAAUUCACAUGGACUGAGAAAGGCCUUAUGUUUGAAAGAGUGGCAGAGCGAUUGCCACACUAUAGUACUGCAGUGCCUUACACUGUCUGUGCACUUUGUACCCACUUGCAAGCACAAGAUUGUUGUAUAAUAAUAGUUACACUCCCUGCUGUAACGCACUGGUUGGUAUGCAUGUUAAAGGUGUGAUACCUGAUUAAAG